GCGGGGGUAGGAUGCAAUCCACGUCCGUCUCUGGUUCCGGGUCCCAACCAAGCCACGCCCUAAAACAGUCUUCUAACAGUCUUCUCACAGACAUCACAGCGUCCUGGAGUGGCUUUUCUCAUCGUUUCAGCUAUGGACGGAGGAACUUCGACAGACGGGGGAGAACCCAAGGCCUCCGCUCAUCUAAAACCAGAGGAGCUGGUUGCCAAAGCAAUAGCUCCCGUCAAGAGGGAAUAUCUUCGUCCUCCGCCUCUCCGCCCUUGUUCUUCUUCUCUACCGUCCGACGAGAAGGACGGAACCGCAUCCAACAAUGACAAAUCUUCUUCAACUGCCGUCGUAGUAAAAGAGAAGAAGUCCAAGAGGCAGUUGAAGAGAGAGCGCCAACAGGAACAAAAAUCUGUGCUAAAUAUUUGUCCUGAGAUAGCAAAGACUGGAAAUGUCAAUGCUUGUUGUUAUGAUGGGAAAUGCCGUUUCAGCCAUGACUUGGAAGCCUUCCUUGCUCAGAAACCGGCAGAUAUACAAGGAGAUUGUCCUUUUAAUUCCAAAGAGUCAUGUCCUUAUGGGAUGGCAUGUAGAUUUUCUGGUACACAUAAAACUAGUAUUGCCACAGAAACUUCGAACGUUCAGAAGAAAAUCUCUGAAAUGAACGGGCUGAACAAAGAUGUGCAGAAACUCUUAUGGAAGAAUAAAAUGAGUUUUCCUCGGGCAGAUGCUGAGCUCAAACGCCUUGGGCUUUCGGUGAAGGACAAUGCAAAGGCAAGAAAGGUAGACGUUGAUCAGGAGGAAGGUAGUCGAGUGAUUCCAAACGGAUUGGAUGCUCAACAAAAGGAUGAUAACAGCAAAAUGACCUGUGACUGUGUUAAUGAAGUAGAAGACUUUGCAGAUAGCAGCACGGGAAAGGAUUCUGUGGAUGAUACUUCUGCUAUUGACGAUACUCGACCUUUGAAGAAGGCAAGGAAUACAGUUGAUGAAAAAAGCUGCUCCAGUCAAAUGGAUAAUGGAAUUACACCCCCAGAAAGAGAAUUGGAAGCUGCACGGACUGAACCUCUGGACAUAACUACUGAUCCUUCUUGCUCACCAGAAUUUGUUUCGAGUCUAAAAUUAAAUGCACGUGAAAAGAAGAUCAUUGAUUUCAGAGGGAAGCUGUAUUUGGCGCCUCUGACUACAGUCGGGAAUCUUCCUUUCAGGAGGGUUUGCAAGUUCUUAGGAGCUGAUAUCACUUGCGGUGAGAUGGCUAUGUGUACAAAUCUCCUGCAGGGGCAAGCUUCAGAGUGGGCAUUAUUAAGGCGACAUUCAUCCGAGGAUCUAUUUGGGGUACAGAUAUGUGGGUCAUAUCCAGAUACUGUGGCUCGUACUGUUGACCUUGUAGAAAGUGAAUGCACAGUUGAUUUCAUAGACAUAAAUAUGGGUUGUCCAAUUGAUAUUGUUGUUAACAGAGGUGCUGGAUCCUCACUUCUUACGAAACCUUUGAGGAUGAAGAAUGUUAUUCACUCAGCUUCUUGCACAGUGGACAAACCUCUGACCAUUAAGGUACGGACAGGUUAUUUUGAAGGGAGAAAUCGCAUUGAUUCAUUAAUUGCAGAUAUUAGCAACUGGGGAGCCAGUGCAGUAACGAUACAUGGCAGAUCACGACAGCAGCGCUACAGCAAGCUUGCUGAUUGGGAUUACAUCUACCAGUGUGCAAAAAAGGCCCCGGAUGUUUUGCAAGUAUUGGGGAAUGGAGACAUAUUCUCAUACACUGACUGGAACAAUCACAUUUCUGAAUGUCCUGAGCUCUCUACAUGCAUGAUUGCUCGAGGAGCACUAAUUAAGCCAUGGAUAUUUACCGAGAUCAAGGAACAGAGGCAUUGGGACAUCACUUCUGGUGAGCGACUAAACAUUCUAAAGGAUUUUGUACAUUACGGCCUUGAACAUUGGGGCUCUGAUACCAAAGGCGUGGAGACAACCAGGCAUUUUCUGUUGGAGUGGCUUAGUUAUACAUACAGGUAUGUUCCUGUUGGUAUACUGGAUGUUAUUCCACAACGGCUAAAUUGGCGGCCGCCUUGCUACUUUGGCCGUGAUGAUCUUGAGACCCUAAUGGCCUCAGAUUCUGCAGCUGACUGGAUACGGUUAUCUGAGAUGUUGCUUGGCAAAGUACCGUCAGGUUUCACUUUUGCACCAAAACACAAAUCAAAUGCAUAUGACAGAGCGGAAAAUGGAUAAUCUUUAUUGUCUUCUCUUGUGGGUGAAGCUGCAAUUGACGUCUCAAGGUGGGUCAGUCUACUUUUUUAGGCUGUGUUUGGAUGCACAAGUGAAAUGAUUCUGUGAACAUUGGGUUUAAUAUAUAGAGGAAAGAGAAGAAAUAAAUGAUGUAUCCUAGAUUCAUAAUGAAAAAGUAGCACGAGAAUUUCAAUUCCAUCUCUUUCUAGUCCCAACCUGGAAAGUGUUAAUACCUCAAUAUGAAUGCUAGGGAAGGAAAACACAACAUUGAUUGUUUCCAUUUAUUAGAUUAAUUAUUGUAAUUCAAUUUGACGUUGCAUUCGAAGACA